AUGUCAAACACAAGCGAGCCCUUUUAUCUCCGCUAUUAUUCGGGCCACCAAGGUCGCUUCGGGCAUGAGUUUCUCGAAUUUGACUUCCGUGUCGUCGGGGAUGGCCGCAGCGCUACUGCCCGCUAUGCGAACAACUCGAACUACAGGAACGAUAGCUUGAUCAGGAAAGAAAUGUUUGUGAGCUCUAUCGUGAUUGAUGAGAUCAAGCGCAUUGUGAAGGAAAGCGAAAUUAUGAAGGAAGAUGACGCAAAAUGGCCUACCAAGAAUAAAGAUGGAAGGCAGGAGCUGGAGAUUCGGUUGGGCAACGACCAUAUCUCGUUCGAGACUGCGAAGAUUGGCUCAAUCAACGACGUGACCGAGUCGGCGGAUCCUGAAGGUCUUCGGGUCUUCUAUUACCUCGUCCAGGAUCUCAAGGCGCUGGUCUUUAGCCUAAUCGCGUUACAUUUCAAGAUCAAGCCCAUUUGA